AUGCAGCGCCCAGGGCCGCCGCCGCCGCGUCCCUCGCCCUCCAUCCUCUCCGCUGCGUCGACGCAGGGCCUCUCCACGCCCGUCUCGCCCUCGUCGCACUUUCCUGCCGCCGCCAUGCGCGCGGCCGGAGCACCAGGCGCGCCGCCGGCGUUCCGCAUCGCUGCCGAUGCACAGGCCCAGGCUGCUGCCGCGGCGGCCUUUCGCAGCACGCCCAACACGGCCUACCCGCGCCCGCCGCCCGGCUUUGGCGCGCCCGCCACGACGCCGGGCGCCGCUGCGCCGAGCGCCGCACGUGCAGCACCCAUCGACAUGAGCGACUUUCCGGCGCUGGGCGCAAAUGUGCCCGCAUCGCACGCUCAUGCCCAGGCGCAGCAGCAGCAGCAGCAGCAGCAACAGCAGCAGCAGCAGCAACAUCAGCAGCAGGCGCAUCCGGGCAGUUACGCGAGCCAGGCCGGCACGGCACCUGGAGGUGCUGCGAGCGGCGGCAGCGGUGGCGGCGCGUCGAGCUCGAACAGCAGCGGCUCUGCCUCGCUCUACGGGCCUGGCAUCGGCUCGCUGGGCCACGCGCGGCCGGGCCACAGCAGCGGCGGGCCAGGCGCCGGCGCCGGCGCUGCUCCCGGCACGGCUCUGUCGUCGGACGACUUUCCAGCACUGUCCGCCGCGGCUGCUGCAGCUGGCGCACCUGGCACCAAUUCGGCGCACGUCCAGUCCGCGGCAGAUGCAGCCGGCGAGCAGGCAAGCGCGGCGGCAGCGCUGCGUGCGCAGCUGAGAGCACGGGAACAACAUAGAGAGGCGCUCAUCGAAGAUGCGGCCGGCAAUCAGAACAGAGGCGUCGAGCCGCUCAACGCAGCACGAGGCGGCUUCGGCGAUGCUGAGCGGAACUACGCCACGAAGCCCGGCAUGCCUUCGGCGUCUCUCGGCUGGGCGAACGGCUCCUUGCUCUCCGAUGCAUCACUCUCCUCGCUGUCGGCCAUGCAGUCCGCCGGCGGAGGCGCAGGCAGCAGCAAUGGUGCCGGCACUGGCGGAGCUGUCGAGCUGGCCACGCCAGCUGCGCAGAUCCUGCACUCGCCAGCAGAUCGCUUUGGCCUGCUAGGUCUUCUGGGCAUCAUCAAGAUGGCAGAUCCGGACAUGAGCAUGCUGGCGAUGGGCUCGGACCUGCAGGCCCUUGGGCUGGGCAUCGAAGGCCAAGAUGCGCUAUACUCGCACUUCAUCACGCCAUGGGCAGACAACAACCUGGCUGCUGCAUUGCAUGUCGAGCCCGACUUCCACCUGCCGUCCUGCUACAACGUGCAGCCGCCGCCACCGGCCGCGAGCAAGGUGGCCAACUUCACGGACGAGACGCUCUUCUACAUCUUCUACUCGGCGCCACGCGACUUGUUGCAGGAGGUGGCUGCGCAGGAGUUGCAUCAGCGCAACUGGCGCUUCCACCGCGAGCUGCAGCUCUGGCUCACGCAGCACGGCGAGCCGAGUCAGAAGACGCCGACGUACGAGCGCGGCACGUACCUCUUCUUCGACCCGCGGGCCUGGGAGAAGGUCUCCAAGGAGUUUGUGCUGAUGUAUGAGCUGCUCGAGGAGAAGGCGCCGCUCAACGCUGCCGCUGCCGCAGCUGCUGGCCUGGCGCCGCCGCCGCAAGGCGCACAGGCUGGGCAGACAUCACAGUCGCAGUCGUCUGCGCAGCAGGCCGCACAGAGCCAGCAGGCACAGCAGAGCCAAGGGCAGCAGCAGCAGCAGCAGCAGCAGGGCUCGCAGCCGCCACAGCAGCAGGCGCAGAGCCAAGGCACGCCGGCGCUGGCGAACCGGUGA